CGACAAAAGACUGUUUCGAGCCUCACAGUUGCCAACAGCAGUCUUGAGCCGGACCACAUAUUCCCCUCCUAAAACUCACGCCUGCAAGCACGCUUCACAUCACUCAACAUGGCAGAAGUCGUGGCUGGCCUCUGGGCAGCAGAGGAGGUCGUGAGCACUUCGGUACAAGCUGGCGCCGCAGGUUACGCGGUAGCUAAGCCCACCAUGCCCGUGCGAGCCUCAUUCGAGCAAUUCGGCGCAGCCAUCCCUGAGACAUCCAGGGCAUCACUUGCACGAUCGAACCAUACUCUCACUGCCCUGGGAAAUAGGGCAUACAUAUUUGGCGGGCAGAUUGGCUCAGGAGAGCUCGCCGGCAACGAGAUCCACAUCUUGUGCUUCUCACCCGCAGAGAACGGCGUACCAGAGUACCAGGCAGUGCCUGCGUUAUCCAGCGAGGAGACGAGCCCGACUCCAGCCGCACGCACAAAGCACUCGGCUUGUGCCGUGGGCAAGAACUUGGUCGUGUACGGCGGAUGCGACAAGGCCGGCAAUUUGGUUGAUGACAGCAGUGUCUUGUGGGAGUUUGACACCCAGGCGCUCAAGUGGCGGAUUCUCAAGCCCGAAAUGCAUCCCGAGAGAAUUCCCCCGAGCCGCAGCGAGGGCAUACUUCUGGCGCAUGACAAUAACCUGGUCUUAUAUGGAGGGCGAGACAAGGGCGGUGCACCUUUGCGCGACGUUUGGUAUUUCAACACCUUCACAAAGACCUGGAACGCGUUGCCAAGCGCUCCUGUUGCCACCAGCAGUGCUGCGACUGCAUCCGACACGCUGUAUCUCGUUGCUGCCAGUGACAAUCUCAGCAGCGUAAUGUACUCGCUCCCUAUCGAGCUAUACUCGCCCGAGCCGCCAACAUGGCACAGCACCUCCUUUCCCACGAAUCCCCUCACGCCGGGCCCGGGGCCAAGGACGAAUGCAGGCUUCUUGCCUGUUAGCACGGGCUAUGGCCGCAACUUUCUCCUCUACAUGUUUGGCAACAAACUAAAGCGUGCAGAAGGCACAUCGGAUGGCCCUGCUCUGGAGGCCGGAGAUGCGAUUUGGGACGACAUGUGGACAUUCCAGGUUCCCUCCAGCGAGCCUGAAAUGAAGGCGUCGACCGAUCUGGCGAAUGCUAUCAAGCCAGCCAAGAUCAAGGACCAGAUCAGAGAGAAGCUUGGUGCGCAUACCGGAAACUUGACUUGGUGCAAAGUCGAGCCGCGUGCAAGCAGCGACCAAACGGCCAGCACGAAUGAACCACGUCCGGAGCCCCGGACGUGCUUUGCCAGUUGUCCAAUAGCCAGUACACGAACGGUUGUUUUGUGGGGAGGCUUGAGUGAGACAGGAGCAGCCUUGGGAGACGGAUGGCUUGUGCACCUUGAAUAGAACCGCUGAGCCUCUGCGAGUCGUUCUUCAAGAUGAGAGCGGGACCUAGGGCCAUACACGCUUAGAUAUAUUUAUCUACAACCGCAUUCCGCAAAG